AUGAAUCCCUCUCUCAAGGACGAAUACGAGUUUGUUGUUAGUAUAGAUUUUGGGACGACGUAUUCCAGCUGCUGCUAUGCUUCAGUCAGAGAUCCAGAGACUGUGUAUUCAGUAAAGAACUGGCCAAGAGCCUCCAUUUUGGAUGAAAAGAUACCCUCAGUCAUUGUGUAUUCAGGAACCACCAACUGCCAUGAUAGCGACACCAGCGUCAUUCCCUCCGUUAUUGCCUACACUUUGACAAAACAGCAGAGCUCCAUUGAUAUCGACAGUCAGAUUGUAGGCUUUGGAAAUGUGCCUGAGACUUCAACCUCCAUUCGAAUCAAGCACUUGCCGUUCAUCCUCCACAUCAAAGACUUAGAGCCUGACGAGAGCAACCGAAACCCUGCUGCUGACUACUUGAAUCUGUUUCAUCAGCAUGUCAUCAGAAAGAUCGCUGAACAGCAUGGCGAGAAGGGCAUCCAGCGCAUCAGAUACUGCUUUACACUGCAACACCCUGAGCAGCCUAGAUACAAGCUAAACCUCAUCAAAGCAGUCAAACUGGCAGGUAUCUACAUCGACCAGGACAUUGACGAGAAAGUGCUGUUCAUCAACACCUACACAGCAAUGGCAAAGCAUUUUCUUAAAAAGCACAGUCUGCGGUUAGAUACCAAGUUCAUGAUUUGCGAUGCUGAUUCAAAGUACCUCAAACUGAAAAUAAUGCGUGUUGUGAGCACUGGUAGAAAUGCGGAUAUUGAACAACUAGAGCAUGAUUUGACGAGCGAUUACUUGUGCAGUGACCGAUUGAAUGAGCUGUUUGAGGACUAUGUGUUGGAUAUCAUCAGGCAACAUCCCACCUACACGGAAGACAAGGAGGCUGCCAUGAAGAAGACGGCACUCAAGUACUUUAAAGAGAAAUUAAAGUUUUCUUUGGAUCUUCAAGCUGACAGAAAAGUAAACAUACUUUUAUCGCCUGCCAUUUCAAAGAAGCCAGCACCUUAUCUCGCACUGGACAUGAAGGACCUCAAGCACAAGGUGUAUGACCCAAUUGUAGACGGCAUUUGCAAGCAUGUCGCUGAAGAGCAAAAGACACACGCAACUGAUUACGUUUUCCUGUGCGGAACCCUCUCAACGCUAGAAUACGUGAAACAGAGAUUGGAUGCAAUAACAAACAAUGUCAUUGUUGUGUCAAAUGAUGACCUCUCGGCUGCGCACGGUGCUGUGUAUUAUGGAUUGAAUAAAAAGCUCGGGGUCCCAAGGAACGCACCCAUCUGCAUCGAGACUGAGACUAGCCGUUUAGCUGAGGACGAUACAAUGCACAAUAAAGAGGAAGAUGACUAUACGCAUAUUAUUGGUAUUGACUUUGGCACUAGCUUUUCAAAAUGGUACUAUAGUAAAUACGGCAGCAGCGAGCAGGUUGAGUUUGAUAAAGCGACCAUGCAGCUUCCAACAUUAUCUCUGUACGAUGAAAGUUUAAGCCAACAGAAAUACUGGGGAAAAGAGGCAUUUGAUGAUUAUUACAAAUCUGGAGAAUCAGGCAAACUCAUGUCGAGGUUCAAGCUCUUCCUCGAUGAAGUCAGUAAGGAUGAUGAAAAUGAACAGCUCGUGAUCGAUGCAAUAUCCAACUAUUUGCGAGCACUGAACGGCAAAAUUAAAGAGACAAUGGAAUCGCUGUUUCCAGAUACACCCAAGAGAUACAGAUACUGCUUUACAGUGCCUACCAUAUGGAGCGACAAGAUGAAGCAAGUGAUGCGUGAUACUGUUACUUGUGCUGGUAUCGUCUCCAAAGAAGACCCUCCUAGCAGAUUGCUGCUUGUGAAUGAACCCGAGGCAGCUGCCAUCUUUUACGCCAACGACCCCAAAACUGACUUCUUCAACACAUAUUUCGAAAUGAACCCAGAAAAGACAAUAGUGCGAACCUUGAUUUGUGAUGCUGGAGGAGGCACUGUGGAUAUGGCUACUUAUGAGCACUCUAGAAAGGAUCAGAGCAGCAAAUAUUACAUUGAAGAAAUAACAGCAGGUACUGGCAGUCUAUGUGGAUCUUCCUUCUUGGAUGAUGCUUUCAGAAAAUACAUACAAAAGGAGUGCUAUGACCAAGAUUACAAUGUGAGUAACUACGAGCGGGAGCAGAUGGUCCUACACUUCAUCUUGAACAUCAAGGAGAACUACACUUACAAGAACCAGCAAGACACCAUCAUUGAUGUGCCAAAUAAAAAGGGCGAUAAAAUAGUCAUCCCAGCAACUGACAUGUCUACCAAGAUAUUCGACCCCAUUGUAGAUCAAAUUCUCUCACUGAUUGAGAAUCAAUACAAGGCUAUGCAGAAGGUUGAGAAGAAGCUUGAUAUGAUUGUUCUGACUGGUGGUUUAGGCCAAUCUGAAUACCUUCGCAACAAGAUUCAAGACACCUUUCAUGACAAAAAUAUACAAGUACAGGCACCAGUGCAGUAUGAUCAGUCUGUUGUCAGAGGCGCUGUGGAAUUAGCAAAGGAUACAAGCUACAUUACAAAGAGAAUCGUGCGAAAAUCAUAUGGUAUACAGGUGAUGACUCCACUGGCAGACGCUUCCGACUUAAUGGACCCAUCGUCCGAACCCACAUUUGCAAAGUACAAGCUUGACACUCUCUUCAGAGCAAAUCAUUUCAUGAAGAACCACGAAUACAUUGAAAAGAAGUACUAUGUGACCUAUCCUCAUAACACUUUUAUAACCGUGUUCAGUUUCAGCGAUGCUUAUCUAAGGAUUGAUUCUACUUUGGAUCCUCGUCUAGAUCAAGUGCUCAAAAGAAACAUUGACAUGCCCAAUAUACCAUCCUUACAAGCUGGCGAUGCGGUGCCCAUCAUCAUUAGACUGUAUCUUGGCCAAACAGAGGUUAAACUGCAAGUUGUCCUGGAUGAGAAAACGACAAAUAAAAUACCCUUACGCUCCAUCAUCAAAACACCAGGGAAGCAAGAGCUACCGCCACUACCACUACCACCACCACCACCACAACAACAACAACAACAACAACAACAACAGCAAAAGCAACCAUUGCCAUUACCACCAACGCACCAAAAGGCAUAUGGCCCAACCCCGAAAAAGAGCUUGUCAUCCAAACUCAUACCACAAAAAAGCUUUAACAAGGCGUUGGAAAAAGUCAAUGGAAGUAAAUCAGAGUAA